AAUCAGUAAUUUUUAAAGUGUAUAUUACAACUACUAUCAUAUGUAUCACAUGUAUACAAUAUCAUAUGAAGUUUCGGUUGUUCCCGAAAGACCGGAAACAUCCUUUGGUUCGUUUGCCGCCAAAGUAAGCUGUGUGCUGGAAUGAAAUUGUUUAUGCUUUGAUUCGAGAUCUUUCGUCUCUCAAAAGAUUAAUUUUCUAAUUCAGUAUAAAGAAUACAAUCUGAUAAAUAGUUCUUUAAAAUUGUUAUUAUAAAAUUCACGGUGUUUCGGUGAAAUUAUUCAUUAAACAAAAUCAACGAUGGCUAAAGUUCAGUUAGCAAAUGUAGCUGUUCUCGAUAAUCCUUCGCCGUUUCUAAAUCCAUUCCAGUUCGAAGUUACUUUCGAAUGUAUCGAAGAACUAAAAGAAGAUUUGGAAUGGAAAAUGAUCUAUGUCGGUAGUGCUGAAUCUGAAGAAUUUGAUCAAGUUUUAGACACAAUUUAUGUUGGUCCAAUACCUGAGGGAAGGCAUAUGUUUAUUUUUCAGGCCGAUCCUCCAGAUGUUAGUAGAAUUCCAGUGAAUGAUGCUUUAGGAGUUACAGUGGUUUUAUUAACUUGUUCAUAUAGAGGACAUGAAUUUGUACGUGUUGGUUACUUUAUAAAUAAUGAAUACACAGAUGCAGAACUCAGAGAAAAUCCACCACCACAGCCUCAGUUUGAUAAAGUACAAAGAAAUAUCUUAGGAGAUAAACCUCGUGUCACUAGAUUCAAAAUAAAUUGGGAUGAUGGAACAAGUUCAACAACAAAUAAUGUACCAGAAGGCAUGGAUGCACAGUCAUUAGAAGAAACAUCGCAAGAUGCACCAACAUCUACAUUGGGAUUUACAGAAAAUACACAUAACAGUAUGGAAGUGAUGUGAAUGCCUGUUUAUUGCAAAUAACAAAUAAGGUAGCACAGACCAUAAUAUGAUAAAUGAAGUAGUACCUGGAAAGAAGAUUCGAAUGGUUCAUAUAUUUGGAUACCUCAAAGAAAAAAACAUUAUAAAAGAAUGGUAGCCUUUUAUAUGUUAUAUAUUAAUUGGUUUCUUUUUAUUAAAAAAAAAAAGCUUAUAUGUUGAAAAAAAGUUACAUGAUAGGUAAUGCGAUAAUUUUAAUGUUAUAGAAUUAAAAUUGUUUGCUAUUGCAUACAAACACACAUUAUAUAUAAAUUUUGCAAUAGAAAAUAAUUAGAAAUUACUUAUUAUAUAUCAUUAAAAAAGAAAAAAUUUCAAAUAUUAAAAUAUUAAUUUUUAAUAAAGAUACAUAGCAACACAUUUUAAUAACAGAUUAUAAAAUAAAAAUAUAUUUCAAACUAAUAUCUGAUAUCAUGAUCAUUGAUAUAAUUAAAAAGUACAGGAACUGUUUAACAUUAAACUCUUGAUAACUGUAAUUUAAAAAUAAUUAUAUGGUGAUAUUCUAGAAAUGUUUGGAAUUUUGUGUUUAAUACUUUAAGUAUUAUAUUAUGGCUUAUUAUUAUCAUAAAUUAAUAGAAAUAAGGCUGUUCCCAUUUUAUCAGUGUAUGUACAUAUAUACUAAAAUGAAAAUACAUAUUAUGUUUUUUACUUCA